AUGGAGGGAAAGUAUCGGAGGCGAAGUUCAGAGCCGAGCGAUCUGCUCAAGAGAAUCAGAGAAUUUACACGAGCUCUGGUCGAAGAUCUCAGCAAUGGACGAUCUCCAGUCAUCUCCAUUCAUCGGUUCAGUAACUACUGCACGAAUCCCAACGCUAUCUGUUGUUGUAGCUAUGAUUUGCCCAAAGGGAGGGAAAUUCUUACUUUUCAGAGGGAAAGUCAUGUUCAUAGAAUAGAUGUUCUGCUGAGGGUUCUAUUGAUUGUCCAGAAACUUCUGCAAGAAAACAAACAUGGGUCUAAAAGAGAUAUAUAUUACAUGCACCCUGCAGUAUUUUCAGAGCAGUCGGUUGUGGACCGGGCAAUCAAUGAAAUAUGCAUACUUCUGCAGUGUAGUAGGCACAAUUUAAAUGUGGUUUCUGUUGGAAAAGGGUUGGUAAUGGGAUGGCUAAGAUUCUCAGAAUCCGAGAAGAAGUUUGACUGCAUAAAUAGGCCCAGCAUUGCUCACCCUAUUCCUGUACACGUUGAAGAAGUUAAAGAUAUAGUCAGUGUUGCCCAAUACAUUCUUGUGGUGGAGAAAGAAACAGUGUUUGAACGAUUGGCAAAUGACCAGUUCUGCAACAAAAACCGCUGCAUUGUUAUCACAGGAAGAGGGUAUCCUGAUAUUCCCACAAGGAGGUUCUUGCGCCUUCUUAUUGACACUUUGCGUCUCCCCACCUACUGCUUAGUAGAUUGUGAUCCUUACGGUUUUGACAUCCUGGCCACAUACCGAUUCGGUUCUAUGCAAAUGGCAUAUGAUGCAAAACUUUUAAGGAUCCCAGAGAUGAACUGGCUUGGAGCUUUUCCUUCGGAUUCUGAGAAGUACAACCUUCCAAACCAGUGUCUUCUUCCUUUGACAGCUGAAGACAAGAGGAAAUCUGAAGCGAUCUUACUCAGAUGCUACCUACAAAGAGAAGUGCCGAAAUGGAGAUUGGAGCUUGAGCUGAUGCUGCAAAGAGGAGUGAAAUUUGAGAUAGAAGCAUUGUCUGCGCGCGUGUUGUCGUUCUUGUCAGCGGAGUACAUACCUUCUAAAAUUCAAGGUGGAAUAUACCUAUAACAUCUAACAUCUUUAUAGUCUAUGUUAUUUCUUAGUAGCCUAGAUAUGAUGGAGCCGUCAGCAAAAAGUUUUAUAAGCAAGAUUGAAAUUUCAGCAAACCAGAGAGCACAAUUAGGGAUCUCUCGCAGAUUAUUCUUGAAGUGAAUUCUUAAUGACUA